UAUCGAUCAUUCACCCCAGCACACACAGCUCCGGCGGCUGCUCCUCCAUUACUCCUCCUCCGCCAUUUUGAGUCAAGCUGUUGGGUGUGUGGUGUUCCCUCUUAUUGUCCCAAGCCAUGGCGAUGGACGCUCAGGCUCAGGCCAAGAAUAUGGAAAAUGUGAAGAAAGAACCGCAGACGCCGAAAGCAAGUGAGAACGGUGAGAACACGAGUAACUUCCGCGGCGGCGGCGGGCGAGGUGGACGAGGAGGCUUCCGUGGGAACCGGGGCGGUGGCGGCCCUGGAGGCCGUGGCGGUGGAGGCAGCACAAAUCUAGGCAAUGUUCAGACCUCGACUCAGGUGCCUGGUGGUAUAGGGAGUCUGGGGGCCAGCAGUGGCGGCGGCAGCAGCAGCAGUAGCGUCGGCCGUGGAGGAGGCGGCGGCGGCGGCGGCGGCGGCAGUAACAGCCACAACAACACAGACAACAGGAAUGACCAACACCCACACCAGCAUCACCAACAACACCAGAGGAGUGAUCAGCGGGGUGGCGGUGGCGGCUACUAUAGGGGUGGUCGAGGACGUGGCGGCCGAGGUGGUGGCGGCGGUGGUGGCGGUGGCGGCUCUAACUAUGGCGACAGGGAGGGCAGCUCUCAGAGGAACCAGACUCGACUAGCAGCACCCCAGCGUCAGUAUACAGUAGGUCAUCAAGACAGAAUCUUAGAACGCCUGAAACAACUCGCUGGACCCUUAAUUGAUCUGCCACCGAGGGAGGAAGCUGUUCGCAAAUUUUCUAAUCACUGCAGACUGUGGGUAGGAAACCUGCCCCUGGACAUUAAGGAGGACGAUGUUAAGGAACUUUUUAAACCAUAUGGAGAGUUUGAUGAAGUUUAUUUUGACAAAAACAAAGGAUUUGCCUUUGUUCGCAUGGACUUUAAAAGUAAUGCCGAGAAAGCACGGCAAGAACUUCACCUGAAGGAUUACAAGGGACGACAGCUCAAAAUUCGAUUCUCAUCGCCGGGCACAGCACUCAAGAUCCGCAAUCUUUCUACUUGGGUUACAAAUGAGCUUUUAGAGAAAGCCUUUUCGGUGUUUGGGGAACUUGAAAAAGCUAUUGUCAUUACCGAUGAACGUGGACGCGCUACUGGUGAAGGCAUCGUUGAGUUCUGUAAGAAACCUUCUGCCAAUUUGGCGCUCAAAAAGUGCAACGAAGGAUGUUUCUUUAUGGUCUCGUCUCCCCGUCCAGUUAUAGUGGAACAGAUGGCUCUAGUUGAUGAUAAUGAAGGAAUGAGUGAAAUAAAUGUAAACAAGCGCAAUCCAGAGUAUGUUAAGGAGCGGCAGCAGGGACCACGCUUUGCACAUCCUGGAUCCUUUGAAUAUGAGUAUGGCUUGAAAUGGAAGCAGCUGUAUGAACUGUUUGAUAAGAAGAAAGACGCUCUGGACAAAGAGUUACAAGACGAGAAGAGGAAAUUGGAGGAACAGAUAGAAUAUGCCAAGUACGAGCACGAGACAGAGAUGCUCAGAGAACAUGGUGUUUAUCCGACAGAGUUACGCCAGAGGGAAGAGAUGAAUCAGCGUACAAAGUCAGAUUACGAAGCGCGUCAGCGUGAGUGGGAGGAACACCGCCGCACAGAAGAGGAAAGACAGCGUCGCCAGGAGGAAGAAUUGUCAUUGAAGUUCCGUCAGCAAGAGGAGGAGCUCCGCAGACGUCAGGAGGAGAACCGACAAUUUAUGCAGGAACGUGCUAGUGAUAUGUUGAAGAAUGAAAAUAGCCAAGACAGUUUUGGAAGUACUGGUUAUCAAGGCACCGAGGGCAGCAACUGGCGCCGCAACAGUGACAGUUACAGAUCCCAGGGAGGCAGCAGCUGGCGUGGUGGUGGUAGUGACUCUUGGGGUCGUUCUGGGAUGGCAGGUAGUCGUGGAGGCACUAGCUCGUCUGGUCUGGGCAGUAGCUGGGCAGACAGUAGCUGGGAUGGUCGUCCUGAUCCCUGGCAGAGUGACAGUCGCAGUGCAUACCAGCGUGGCAGCAGUGAGAGUGAGCUCCCGCCUCCUCCGACCACCAACCAUGCUGGUGGUUCCUCCUCCAUACGCAACCCAGGGAGAGGGGAAGAGAAAGAGGCAGAGGACACCACCAAGGAGGACCCCAACACGUUCCUGGAAAACUUCAACCGCGGGCGUAACUUUGAGCAGGAAGGAAUUGACUACGCUGGCCAAAGAGGCCGCGACGCUGGCCGCAGCCGCUGGGGACGCAAUGACCACGAUGACUACGGCCCGGCCAAGAGGGCUCGCUACUAGACGUGGAUGAUAGGGCUGGUCUCUGAGCUCAUAUUAACAUGUUAGCCUUUACUCCACAAAGAUGCCAUCAACCAUUCACUGCAUUCAUUAAUUUCUGUAUAAAUGAUUGGUUUGGCUUUAUGGGGAUGGGGCAGUAAAAAAUCCUGAUCUUGCAUUUCUUGAACAUGCACCAAAUAUAUUAAAUGUUCUUUUAAGAAAGUUUUUUGGAUACCCUCCAUUGUUUUAGUGCGAGUCGUGCAAGAGCUCCGGCUCUGCAGGAAAUGUUCAGCAGGAAGACUUUAGGUGAAGUCACUGCAUAUCUUGUAUCUGAUGAGACUAGUUUUGAUGAACCUGUUAAAAUAUUACAAGUUUUUCAGGGUAGCAACACUAGGGAGUAGUUUUUCAUUACUGUGAGAAGUAUUCCAUAUUGGGUUCAUUAUACCAUAACCCAGUAGUAUACUGUACUGUAGUUUGUAAGUCAUUAUGUGCAAGUGUUUUAUGUCACAUGGUACUACAUAUUUUGGUAAAACUAAAAUUUAUUUUAUACACUAAUGAUGAAGAAUUAUUUUUUUUUAUUGUCAGUUGUACAAAGAUUGAGUUAGUCUCUUCAUAACUUGUAUGAAUAUUUUCUUUGUCUUAUCUUAAUAAAUGUAACCUUAUAAUU